ACCUCUGUAUUUGAUCAGAGAAAUAAGGAAGUGCAAGUGGUGUUGCAAGACUUUGGAGGACAGCAAACAUUUUGAAGAAUAUCGGAGAGCCAGUUAUAGAAGGCAGUGAAGAAAGAUCCAGGGAAAAACAGAAAGGCAUUGAGUGGCCAAAAAGGAAGCAGCUGAGAACGCAAGGAAUCAGGGUCUACUUUGACCGGAAAAAGAAAGGAUUCAGGGACAGGGACUGCAUGGCCUCACCAGGUACCCAAGGGGAACGCAAACCCCUCUUAGCAUCGGAGGAGGCCCUGGACAGGCCUGCCACAUCCCCUUUCGAGGGCAGAAAGGCUGCCUGUGCAGCCGUGCUGGUGGUGGAGAUUCUGGAGCGUGCAGCUUUCUUUGGCAUUGUCUCGAACCUUGUCCUCUACCUCAACAGCAGCAUCUUCAACUGGGGUGGUUCUCAAGCAUCGCGAGCAUCCCUCCUCUUCCUGGGUGCCUCUUACCUGCUUUCCCCCAUUGGAGGGUGGCUUGCUGAUGCUUACCUUGGCCGCUACUGGACCAUCGCCUUGAGCUUCCUGCUUUACCUGUUAACCGCCUGCCUCCUGCCUGCUGUGGCCUCACAGGAUGGACGACAUUGGCUGUGUGGAGAGAUGCCAGCCUACCCGGUGCAGCCCUCAUGUCCAAAGGGGAGUAAAGAUUGCAUGGAGCACCUGCCAAGCCAGUACUGUGCCCCUGUCAUGUACACGGGUCUCCUGCUUCUUGCCCUGGGCAUCAGUUCAGUCAAAGCUAACCUCACACCAUUUGGUGCAGAUCAGGUGACAGACCGUGGCCGGGAUGCUACACGCCGAUUCUUCAACUGGUUCUACUGGAGCAUUAACAUUGGGGCUGUGAUCUCACUGCUUGUAGUUGCUUUUAUCCAGCAAAAUGUAGACUUCCUUACUGGCUAUGCCAUUCCUGCUGUGUGUCUGGCCCUGGCUCUCUUGAUUUUCCUCCUGGCUGCUCCUAUCUUUGUCACCAAGCCUGCUGCUGGUAGCCAAUUCUCCACCAUGUUCCAGUUGGCCUUCCAGAAGAGCAGCUGUGGUAAAGCACUCCAGAAGAUGGCUGCAAAAAACAGAACAAGCAAUUCCCAGCCAGAAGCUGAUGACACUGCCCCACUUUCGAAUAUAACACACCAGCCUGUUGGGUAUUCACAAGAAGAUGACUCCAACUUCCAAAUUAUGGGAAAAAUCAUGCCUGUACUGCUUACCCUUAUUCCAUAUUGGAUGGUCUACUUCCAGAUGCAGUCAACGUAUUACCUGCAGGGUCUGCACCUCUCAAUCCCCAACAUCUUUCAAAACAGAUUUAUGAACACUAGUGCACUUUCAGCAUCUGCAGAUGGUCGCUACACGCUCCCAGAUGCCUGGCUCCUUCUAGCUAAUGUGGUGGUUCUGUUGAUUCUGGUUCCUCUGAAAGACCGGGUCAUAGACCCAUUUCUAGCAAAGAGGAAAUUGUUGCCUUCAGCAUUAAAAAGGAUGGCUCUGGGCAUGUUCUUUGGACUUGGCUCAGUCAUUUUAGCAGGUUUGCUGGAGACUAAACGGCUGCAAUAUGUGAACAGUAAUCAAACCAUCACGCAGAGGAUUGGGAAGGAUGACUACAUUGCAGCCCCCCUCUCCAUUUGGUGGCAAGUGCCUCAGUACUUGCUAAUCGGAAUCAGUGAAAUAUUCGCCAGCAUCCCAGGGUUGGAGUUUGCCUACUCUGAAUCUCCAAAAGCCAUGCAAGGAGCCAUCAUGGGCUUCUUCUUCUUCAUUUCUGGAGUGGGGUCACUUUUCGGAUCUGGCCUCUUGGCUUUCCUCUCACUGUCAGCCAUUGGUUGGAUGCACUGCCCAGAGGAUUAUGGGGACAUUAACAAAUGUCGGAUGGAUUAUUACUUCUUCCUCCUGGCUGGAAUUCAGAUGGUAACCUGUAUCCUCUUUAUUUGGAUCUCCUUUCGCUAUGAACGUCAGCAGCGGCCCCCUUGUCUCCACUGCACAGACCAGGAGAGCCACUGAGAUGCACUGCCCUGUGCCUUUGGGGGGACUGUGAGGAGUUUACCAGCCUGAUCCAAAACACUGCUGUAUAGUUACUGGAUGGGAUCUUCUGAAGACCAAUGGAAUAUAAAAGGAUUUGAGAAAUUAAGAGGGGAUAAAACCAUCAGUGGCAGCCAGCCAAAGGACUAAAAUAUAUAGCCCCAUAUUGAAGUGUCAUUAGCAUAUUACUUCCAGAAUUGGGAGUGUGAAUAAUGCAGACUAUGGAGGCUGAAAACAAAAAUUACCAUGAGAUGCAAAACCGUCGUGCUCAAAUUAGGUGGACCAUUCUCUUUUAAGAGAGCAAAUGUGUUCUUGCUUCCAUUAGGACUUACAAUUCACCUUGCUCUCCAGUAUGUUUCUUUGCAGGGUUGAGAAGGGCAUGUUGAAAUGAAAAAGGCUUUUCCUUGUGCCCAUUUCAGGAACAAACCCCAGGGUAAAAUAUCUUAUCUUUAUGUCAUAGCAAUUUUGUUAAAGAUUGCUUCAGAAAUCAUUUCCUAAAAUGCAUCAGUUCUCUGUUUCUCAAAGCCAGGAUGGGUAUAGCAAAUGGAGAUAGAGAGUGAGGGAGUAAAGCAUUUUCUCAACAGCAGACCUUCCUAAUAUGCCAAUGGGAUGUGGAAAGAUUCAUCUUCUCUUCUGUGAACCGAGAAGGUCUUAAGAGCAGCACAGUCUCAGUUCUUGACGGCUAGCUUGUCACAGAGGAAAUUUACAAGAGCAUGACAUCUUCUGGAUUAGAAUGUUGCAGACUUGCAACUUGGAAUAUAAAAGUGUUACAUAUUUUGCAGAGCUUGGAAACAUUUCUUUUUUAGACUCGGCCCCAGUCACACUUCCACCUGUCUUGCUGGCUGGAGUUUCUGGGAGCUGUACUCCAAACAAGAUAACUUUCCAAAGUACUAUAUUUUAAAGAUGCCUGCGGAUGUCACAGGAUUCUAUUUAUUUGAAACAAUGAGUUGGAUUUUUAUUAUCUGAGUGAGCAUCUUUUCUGGACUCUUCUUGAACAAAUUUGGUUUUUGCAUGAGAUUGCUGUUGCAUGUCUUCAAGUAGUUUCCGGCUUACGAUUGUGACUAUUGUGGUUUUUUGGCAACAUUUGUUCAGAGGAGGAUGGCCUUUGCCUCCUUCCGAGGCAAUGUGACUUGUCUAAGGGUGUUCUAAGGGGUUCCCACGAAUGAGCAAGGAGGCAAAGAGUCUCAAGAGUUGUUGCCCAACACCCAAAAACCACUGCACAUGAGAUGACAUGGCUUAAAUCUAGUUGCUGAUCCUAAGUAGAGUAGAUCCCUUGAAUUAGUAGUUGAACACAGUCAACACAUGUGUAAAUUCUAUGGAUUCAGUGGGUCUCCUCUAGUGGGAGGGACUUGUAGACUUAGGUCACAGUAUUUGUUGUUGUCCAGUCAAUUUCAGUUUAUAGCAACCCCAUGAAUAAGAUAUCCAUAGGGUAUAAAGUAUCAAAGAACAUUUCAAUUAGCUUUUUCAUCUUAGUAUUCUCUUUAGGAAUUCAGAAUUGAGAAAAAAAUAAGAAUAGCAGACUUUUAGAAAACCAAACCCAUUUUUCUCAAAGGUAAACUGUGUGGGGGAUGUGCAACAUAUGUAUGCAGGCACAAUGCCAAUAUGCUAUUGGAAAAUCUCUCAAUCUCUGACUGAAUCAGGACAAACAGCAGCAGGGCUAGUUCUUAUCAUUGCUAGUUUCAGCUCAAGGUUUUAGACUGUGUAGCCUUCCUUUGUCUUCAUGAAUGUUUGAAAUCAAGCUUCCCUACAGAAACAUUUAAUGCUUAACCAAACUUCUGUAGAAUUAUAGAAAUUCCACGUGA